AUGAUUCCCAAGAUCUUGGGUUUCGGAUCCCAACAAAACGAGUUCGUCGUGGAGGGCAGGACCGUGGUGAUUACAGGUGGUUCCGAGGGUAUGGGCAAGGCUGUAGCCUGCCAGCUUGCUGCAAAGGGUGCGAACGUUGUCCUCGUUGCACGAACAGUCAAGAAGCUUCAAGAUGCGCUUGAUGAUGUUAAGGCCUCGGCUGCGAAUUUGAACAGGCAAAAGUUCCAUUACAUCAGUGCCGACCUUACGAAUGCCGCGCAAUGCGAGCAGAUCAUUGAAGAGGUCACCGAGUGGAAUUAUGGGCUUCCUCCUGACGUCGUGUGGUGCUGCGCAGGUUACUGCAACCCUGGGUUCUUUGUCGACACUCCAGUCCAAACGCUCAGAGAUCAGAUGGACACUGUCUAUUGGACUGCGGCGAACACCGCCCAUGCGACACUCAGGAAGUGGCUUGUACCUGUCCCUCCAAGCGAACAGACGACAAACCCGCGAAGACAUCUUAUUUUUACAUGUUCCACGUUGGCUUUUGUACCGAUCGCCGGGUACGGACCUUAUUCUCCUGCAAAGGCCGCAAUUCGUUCUUUAUCCGACACCCUCAAUCAGGAGAUUGAAAUGUAUAACGGCACUCGUCAAUCAAAAUCGCAGAUUAAUGCUACUCCUGCCGACGUCAAGGUUCACACGGUUUUCCCGAUGGGAAUUCUUAGCCCCGGCUUCGACAAUGAACAGAAGCUGAAGCCUGAGUUGACAAAACAAUUGGAGGCUGCUGACAAGCCACAAACCCCUGACGAAGUUGCGAGAAUAGCGAUUGCAGCCCUGGAAAGAGGUGAAUACCUUAUUACGACUAUGUUUGUUGGGCAUGUAAUGAAGGGAAGCGCCAUGGGGGGCAGCCCAAGGAACUCUACUGUCCGCGAUACAUUGACCAGCUGGCUCAGCAGCUUGGCCUUCUUGCAGGUGAUUCCUGAUCUCCGAAAGCAGGCCUGGAACUGGGGCAUGAAGAACGGUAUCCCGUCGUCCCGGACGUCGGAGUAA